AUGUGGCAGGAAGCAAAGGAAGCUGGCACGGAGGUAGCCGGCGGGGCGAAAGCGGCGACGCCGUCUCUCCGUUGCAUCGUUUGCUUCGGCCGCUACGAUCUGGGCGCGCGGUUGCCGCGGCGACUGCACUGCGGCCACGCCUUCUGCCAGGCCUGCGUCAAGCGACUGGACACCGUCGUCAACCAGCAGGUUUGGAUACCGUGCCCCCAGUGCCGGCAGAACACGCCCCGCCCCCGGGGUGGCGCUGCUGCGCUGGACCUCGACUUGCAGUCUUUCCUGGCCCUCAAGACGCAGGCAAGCUCAGCUACUGGGGCGGACGGUGGCGAGAUGACGUCAGCGGCGGGGAGCGGCAUCAGCCAAAAAACGACUUGGGCACCCAAGGACAUGGGCGGUGCCGAGGCGUGGUCUCACGGGGGGCUCGCCGAGCCGCGCUUUCAUCGACGCGGCGGCUGCUGCGAGCCGCUCUCCUAUUGGCUGUGUUGCUGCUGCUGCCGGAUGGGACGGGGCUGA